AUGUUUAGAAACCGUUUUUUCAUUAGGCUUCAAAGCAAUAAAGGUGUGGGGCAUCACAAAUUUCCCCGCCGCGCGACGCAUCAUGCCGUCAGUAGUGCAAAGCUUGGAAAAGAGCGGUUUGAUCUUAUGGAAUCCCUUCGCCGUGAUAGAGAAGAAGCGGAGCGCAACCGAAUGCUCCCGUGGCGUAGUCGUCUAAAGAAACUGCAGGAAUACCCGUGGAAAUUCUUUAUAGCAUUUAUGGUGUUUUGGUCAUGGUUGGGGACUUAUGCGGUGCCUUAUCUUAAAAACAUGCGUCCGGGUGAAUUACCAACGGUGUGGGAGGGACGUCCCAUUCCUAAAGAAUUGAAAGAAAGAGCAACGCCAAUGCCGCACUUCCGUCGCCUUUCAAAAGGUAUCGAUGAAAGUUGA